AAUAUGUAUAAAUGUAAGAUGUUGAAAAUGGGCAUAAUGACAUCAUGAAAGGGGGCACUAAGAAAUGGUUUUUGGGUUAAUCAGUGACUAAUUUAGCCUAACAAUUUAAUAUAUUGUUGCCAGCUUUUCUAAUUUGCCUUUUUCCAAGUAACUGUCUCCUUUAGUAUUUGGUAGCCUUCUCUGUUUUCUGAGGAUGAAAAUUAAAGACUGACAAAAAGAGCUUCAUUUUCACUUAAUUCUUGCUAAAGCUCUUUGAAGCCCUCAAAUCCUCAAACUGCAUUCCCAGAAACUUGGAUUAAUAGAAAGCAAGAAAGAAAAUGUGUGUCACAAAAUUGCAGAAUGAGUGAGUCUGCUCAAGCAGUUGAAGCAUCAACGGUGCAUAUUAGGACAACAGAAGUUGAGGAUAUUUGUGAAGAGGUUGCAGUGUCAUUGGAGCAUAACAGCAUUGACUACUUAGCCGAAAGGAAGAAACCUCUACGAGCACGCUAUAUAUAUGGCGUAAUCUUUUUGAUAAUGAAUCUUUGUGCAUGGUUUGUUAGAGACUAUGGUCAACUGGUUCUACCUCAGCUCCAUUAUCUAAAAUCUUGUGGAAAUGGAGGAGGAGAUUGUUUUCGUACGCUAGGAGUUCUUCGUGUCAGUUUAGGAUGUUUGAUAUAUUUCUUCCUAAUGUUUCUUACUACAUUUAAAACAAGAAAAUUACAUGAAGGUGGGAAUUCAUGGCAUUCUGGAUGGUGGGGAUUGAAGUCUCUUCUGCUGAUUAUAUCAAUGGUGCUUCCAAUAUUUUUCCCUGCUGGUUUUAUUCAAAUUUAUGGUGAAGUUGCUCGUGUCGGUGCAGGGAUUUUUCUUGUUCUCCAACUUAUAAGUGUGAUCCAAUUUAUUAACUGGUGGAAUAAGUACUGGAUGCCUGAUGAUCAGGAAAAGAAGCAAAGCUGCUCCUUUGGGCUGUUCAUGUCUACACUCUUUUACAUUGGUUCCAUAGGUGGAAUAGUGUAUAUGUACAUUACAUAUGCCAUAAAAUCAUCAUGUAUGCUCAACAUCUUUUUCAUCACAUGGACUACAAUUCUUCUUCUUGUGAUGAUGGCCAUCUCUCUGCAUUCAAAGGUGAAUAGAGGCCUUCUAUCAUCAGGAAUCAUGGCUUCAUAUGUUGUUUACCUAUGUUGGUCUGCUCUAAGAAGUGAACCUGCCAAUGAUAGAUGCAACAAACACAAACUAGACAAUGGAAAUGAUGAUUGGACCACCAUACUUGGCUUCCUGAUUGCAAUAGGUGCCAUUGUCAUGGCAACUUUUUCCACUGGAAUUGAUUCACAAUCAUUUCAGUUUCGAAAAGACGAAGUUCAAGAGGAGAAUGAUAUUCCUUACAAUUAUGGAUUUUUCCACCUAGUGUUCUCCUUUGGGGCUAUGUACUUUGCAAUGUUAUUCAUAAGUUGGAACCUCAAUAACUCAGCUAGAAAGUGGAGCAUUGAUAUUGGAUGGACAAGCACAUGGGUCAAAAUUGUCAAUGAGUGGUUUGCAGCUUCAAUAUACUUGUGGACAUUGAUUUCCCCUAUUGUUAGACAGCCCAAAGUGAUGCACCAUGAAGAUCCUGUGCAGGACACAAAUGACUCAGUCUUGGCAUGAACAUUUCAUUUUUUUUUCCCACAUUUAUCACUUUCUCUUAUGCAUCCCUAUUCAUCAAAGCCGAUCACAACCAAAAAAAAAAAAAAAAAAAAAAAAUCGAUAACAGUAGCUGCUCAGAAUUCAGUGAUUGGCAUAUCAAUAAUAAAAUGUCUAGGACGGAAAAUGAUCAUUUUUUAUUGAUACCUUUAAAAGGGGGGGGGG